AUGAAGAGAAAAAACUUCACAGAAGUGAUAGAAUUCAUUUUCCUAGUAUUUUCUAGCUUUGGGAAGCACCAGAGAGCUCUCUUUAUGACCAUCCUCUUCAUUUUAACUCCAGCUGGUAGCAUCAUCACUGUAACUAUCAUCUAUGUUGACUGUCACCUUCACAUGCCCGGGUGCUCCCUGAACAUGCUGGCCAGUUUAGAGACUGUGUAUACACUUGUCAAUGUCCCACAGAUGUUUUCCAGUCUUAUUUUUCAUAGGCAGUCCAUCUCCUCAGUAGACAGUGCAACCCAGAUAUUCUUUUUUGUCAUCUUGGCCACAAACAAUGUGCUUUUAGCAAUGAGCUCUGACCAUUACAUAGCUAUCUGAAAAGCCCUGAGCUACACAGUUAUCAUGAGCAAAGGAGUGUGUGCUAGAUUAUUCUGUGGGUCCUAUACUGGUCUUGUGAUAGUAGUUGUCCAUGUCACUGUCAUAGUCAACUUGCUCUUCAGAGACUCAGUGGUGGACUAUGUCUUCCAUGACAUUUACUCAGUCAUGAAGCUUUCUUGCAUAGAUAUCACUAUCAAUGAGAUCAUCAAUUAUGGAAUAAAUUCAUUUGUCGUUUUUGUGCCUGUAGGUCUAAAUUCCAUCACCUAUAUCCCCAUUAUUUCCACCAUCCUCAUCUCAACUGAGUGUGGGAAGAGGACUUUUGCCACCUGUGCCUCCCAUCUCAUUGUGUUGUCUCUGAUGACUGUGGCUCCAUUAACUACCUCCAAGCCCAAGUUGGAGAACUCAAUAGAAAAAGACCAUAUCUCUCUGACAUAUACCUUUACCACCCCCCUGCUGGGCCCUCUUGUUUACAGUCUGAGGAACAGGGAGGUCAAGAAUGCCUGGAGCAGAGCUUUGGGCAGAAAUGCUUACCAGAUUGAAUCACCUUGCCACGUGAUUUGUAGCCCAGUGGAUCUACUCAUAAACAUGCUACAAUGCACAGGUUCACCAUGUACAAUGCCAAGAGUAACGUCAAAGUAUAAAUGCCCUUCUUUUUCAUGUUCUAUGGACAGAGCAGAAAGUGAGGUUUCUGUUCUGGUGAAUUUCAUUACCAGAUAUGAGAAUCCUUCCAAGCUGGGUGAAGACUACUCGUUUUGUGCCUGA